UGUUUGGAGCCAAGGUGCAGCCACCUGCAGACUGGCAACUGAUCCGGACCGAAGGCGCGAGGAGAGACGUGCACGGCAGAAAGCAGCCAGAGAGCCACAAUCCACCUGUUGGUCUGACUUCUACCCCAAACAUUCAAGGAUUUCUCAAAAUGGCCAUGAUGCUGAAGCCAUGGGCGGUGCUGGUGGCGUUGGUACUGUGUGUGUUGGUGUGUCUGGGAACGCUGACAGACGCUUACCCCCCAAAACCUGAGAACCCCGGAGAAGAUGCCCCACCCGAAGAGCUGGCCAAGUACUACACUGCUCUGAGACACUACAUCAACCUGAUCACCCGGCAGAGGUAUGGAAAGCGUUCUGAUCAGGAGGACAUGAUGGCAGAGCUGCUGUUUGGCAGCAACAGUAACAGAGACCAGAGAUCAAGAUAUGAUGAUUCCUACAUGUGGUGAUUCUGCCACUCUGCUCCCUGCUCAUCAGGCAUUCCCGACAUGUGCCUGUCACCUCUGACCCCAUGACCUCUGAACCUUCCCCAGUCAACGCCCAUCACUGACUGAAACACAAGCACUCUGUUUUUCUCUUUUCUGGUUCUUUCACAACACCUGCACAUAUUUUAUUAUUGAAAUAAAAUAAUGUGUGAGAUCAGUGCAGUUAAUCAAGAGGUGGAAUUGUGUCUGUUUGUGUGUGUUUGAACACUCACGUCUUCAUUUUGUCAGAUUCUGUUUAGAGAAGUUCUUUGUCUCGUCUUUUUUAUUAUUAUUAUUAUUUUGUUGUUGUUGCUACUGUAAUAAGUAACAACAGAAUAAACACAUUUCCAUGUGAUUGAAGCUGUUGAAUGACUGAAACUGUUUUUCUUCAAGGAAUAAAUAAUGACACAUUUGUUGAAGCAUCAAUUAAA